AUGUACAAUGCAUCAGGAUCUUCAGGAUUUACCGGUGGAAAAGGACGACGACCUACUGCUUCAAACUCUGAUUAUGCAGUAUCAUCCGGACAGUUGCAAUCUCGUUAUGUGGUACGUAAGAUUUCCGGCAUGCUCGGUGGCCUACAUGAAAUUGGUGAGACUAGUAAAAGCAAUGAAAAUUUUAAAGAUUUAGCAAGGAAAGGAUGCUAUGAUGGUCGAAGGUUUAGUGAUGACUGUCAUUAUUCGUUGUGUGUUAGAACGUUGGACCGGAAUGAAGUGCAAUGCAAUGGGUGUAGUCAUGUAUCUGACAAUGGAGCAUUUUGUGAGAUAUGCACUGCAUAUUCAUUGGUUAAUGGUACUCACCUGAAAUUUGCCGAUCAGGUGGCGCUUUUUGAUUCGGGUACACUUCAUUCGCUUACAGUAACAGAUUGCAGUAUACUUUCACCGAAUGAAACGGUAAUCGAGAAAUUUUGUCGAAUAUGUCACAGUUUUGGUAGUUCUGAGGAUCCGCUCAUUUCCCCGUGUCGUUGUACCGGUUCCCUGAAGUACGUCCAUAUAUCAUGUCUCCUACACUGGUUGACAAUUUGCGCUCAUAAAUUGAAGCGUCCAGCAAUAUGUGAACUUUGUCUUUACAAAUACCGCCUACGAAAUAUCAUUGAUACAAACACUAGUUUAAUAAGAUAUUUAUAUCGUUUGUGGAUUAAUAAUCAAAAUUGGAUAAUAGAAGAAUAUCGACCAAGCCGUGAUCAACGUUACUGUCAUAAAAUGGAAGAACUUCGAAGACGGUUGAAUGGUAACAUAUUUAAUUGA